CACAACAUCCCAUCUUCGACGCUCCUCCGCAGCCUCUUGACCGCAACAUUUGCUGCUCGCUCGAAGCAGACCUCCACAAUGUCGUCGCUAGACCCACCGACGUAUCUCACCUCGAUCCAAAACAACAUCCGUGCGCGGCCAAUAUCAUGGGAAGGCGCAGUGCGGGCCAAGACGAUCACAGACGAGGACCUUAAGAAGAUCAAGUCAAUUGACAAAGUGCGCAAGGAGCAGCGCAAGCAGACAAUUGAGUCCGAUGUCAACAGCUUCGUCACGCUACUUCUGGGUGGAGAUGGGUCGCAGAGCAUCUUCGAGGCCGCAGCGAAACGCCAGGACAUCAUCCACUACAUGCUGGUGCUGUUGGGAGAUAUUAUUGAUGACAUCCCUGCCCUCACCUCAGCUCUCAUCCAGCACCCAGCGCCGUACAAGCCCUUCUUGCCGCUAUUGAAGGCUUCAUCAAACAACGAAGAUCCCGUCCCCUUGCUUACAUCCUCGGUCCUUUCUGGUCUCAUCUCACACGCCGUUGUAACACCAUCGAAGGACACCACACAGCUUGACCAAGCUCUCCCACAGCUAUACACCUACCUCUCAACACUGGCGAAGGCAUCAGAUGCUGGGCUCCAGGAUAUUGCUGUACGAGAGUUUUCUGCAGUUCUUCGCAGCUCAAAGGCAAGGCAUUUAUUCUGGAAGCAAAGAAAGGAGACUCUCGAUCCAUUGUUCGACAUCUUGCGCUCAGCAGCAGGGUCGAGCAACGAUCGCGAUUCGACCUUGUACAGCGGUGGUAGCAUCCGUAGCGCUGGGGACAGUGGCCUGUCUGGUGGUGUAGGACUGCAGCUUCUCUAUCACGUUCUACUUGUUAUCUGGCAGCUCAGCUUUGAGGGUGAGCUUGUCGGCGAUGGCCUCCAAGAUGAACACGAUAUUGUCCUUCUGUAUACCGGCCUGUUGCGUAUUUCGCCCAAGGAGAAGACCACCCGCCUCCUUCUCUCGACCCUCGUCAACCUCCUCACCACCAACCGUCAAACACUGUUGCCUACCGCCACCCUGGCUCGUUUGCCAGCCUUGCUUAACAGCCUGAAGUCGCGCCACUUGACUGAUGAGGAUGCCCUUGAGGAUCUCAAGACUCUUACAGAGCUUCUCGAAGAGUACACCAAGACACAAACAACGUUCGACGAGUACGCUGCAGAGCUACAAUCCGGUCAUCUCCGCUGGUCUCCACCUCACCGCAACCCUACCUUCUGGCGCGAUAAUGCACGCCGCAUCCUGGAUGAGAGCAAGGGGGAGCUGCCGAGGAAGCUGGCUGAGAUCCUAUCCAAGAGCUGGGAGAAUGACAAGCAGGUGCUGGCCAUUGGAUGUAACGAUGUUGCAUGCUUGGUCAAGGAGGUGCCGGAAAAGAGGCAACAACUGGAGAAGCUGGGCUUGAAGGGCAGGGUCAUGGAGCUUAUGCAAGAGGCAGACGAGAGCGUAAGGUGGGAAAGCUUGAGGGCUGUUGGAGAGUGGCUCAGGUACAGCUUCGAGUCCAAGAGCGAGCUGGCUGUGAGAUAAGAUCAUCUCUUCUAUCGCUUUUGGCCCAUUUGUAGCGAUGUAGUGUUUUUCUGUCAGUAUACAUUUGCAAGGCUAAGUUGCGCUCUUAGCCUUAUAGACCGUCUUGCAUCACAAUAUACACACACUGACGAUCGAU